AAUGCGCUUCUAAUUCUAGAUAAUUGCACCGCACAUUGCAGUAAAGAUAAGUUUCAAGUGGAUGACGCAGAAAUUCAGGUGAUCUUCCUUCCUCCAAAUGUGACAAGCUUUCUUCAGCCUAUGGUUCAAGGAAUCAUCAAUGCUUUUAAGGUUAUCUAUAAAUCGAAUUUUUUGCGCCGUGUUCUGUUAGAAACUGACAGCGAUCGCCCAGUUACAGAAGUUAUCAAAUCAUUUAGCCUUUAUGAUGCUAUUCAACUAGCGACUGAUGCGUGGGCCACUGUAACUCCAGAAACGAUUGCUAACUGUUGGCGCAAUCUCUUAAGUCAAGAUCAAAACUAUAACUCGUUCAAGGAUUUCACAAUUUCUUCACCAACAAGUGACCCCCGCGUGUUGCUUUCUAAAGUAGUGCAACUCGUUGAUCCAAACUACGAACUGACCGAAGAAGAAGUUCAAGAGUGGCUAAGCAACUCAGACAACAUAGAUGUAGCGCAAAUAUAUACCGACGAGCAAUUGGCCAAGCCUCUGGUGGUGACUUUUUCGAGGCCGACCAUGAAGAGCAAGAUUGCGAUGCUAACGAAAGUGCUGAGGGUGAUCUUAGUACUUCGGUUAUAUGUACUCUUGGAGCAGUCAAUCCGAAAAACGCAAUGAUUAUAAGUAGGCUAUCAGCAUCAUGGAUGUACUCAAAAAUGUUCUUAUUGCUGUUGGUGAUGACCGUAAAUUAGUGGAAGCCAAAAAAUGAAAAAACGAAUAUGAAAAUGAAAUUAUUCGCCUUCUUGACGAAUAACAAUAGUGAAUUUUAAUUAAGUAUAUGGCAUGAUAACAAAAAUACAAA